AUUAUGGAGCUCGCCAACACUUCGAUUUCGAGUUGAUGCAUGCGCAGUCGAGUAGUCGAAUUCGAUUUCGAGUUGGCGCACCCGUUAUUCAUAUCGAUACUGCUGUCGAUUGCUUUAACGCUUCGAGGUGCAAACCUCCCUAAAGAAUGGACAGGUGACAUACGUGUGGCGUUGAAGGUGUCUUGAAAUUGAUUGACUGGCGGCGUAAACAAUAAUUUUUUUCAUAGUAAGAAAUUACUGUGACCUUUAGAUGCAAUUGUGAAUCGUUAUGGAGUCGGACGGAAAAAGCAAUGGAGAUGCAAAAGCCGGAUCUCCUCCUGAAAAUGUGGAUGAUCCAUCACAACCGGCUACCAACGGUGCUGGAGACGAUGAUGAUGAGAAAUCUGGAGAGAUUCUUAUAAUAGAUCCAGAUACUGAGGAACUGGAUUUAAAUCAUCAUCGGAUUCGACGUCUUGAAAACCUGGAACCUUUGACCAAAAUUGAAAGGUUAUGGUUGCGCUGGAACUUAAUAAAGAAGAUAGAGAAUGUAGAAACUUUGGUAACUCUUAGAGAGUUAGAACUGUAUGACAAUCAGAUCACUAUAUUGGAAAACUUGGAUACCUUAGUUAAUCUUGAGGUUUUGGAUGUUUCUUUCAACCGGAUUCGGGAAAUCAAAGGACUGGAGAAUUUACUGAACUUAGAAAAGCUGUUCCUGUGCGCCAAUAAGAUAUCUCGCAUUGAGAAUGUGAACCACUUGCAAAAACUUACACUGCUUGAGUUAGGAGAUAACAAAAUCAGGAAAAUUGAGAAUUUGGAAGGACUUGAUAACUUGACCAAUUUAUUUCUGGGCAAAAACAAAAUAACAAAAAUUGAAAAUUUAGGGUCUUUGAAGAAACUGGAAAUUCUCAGUUUGCAGAGCAAUAGGCUUACAAAAAUAGAAGGAUUGGAGGAACUCACCAAAUUAGAACAACUUUAUCUUUCUGAAAAUGGAUUCUCUGUAAUUGAGGGACUAGAAAAUAACUUGGAACUGACUACUAUUGAUCUGGCUGUAAAUCAGAUUCCAACCAUUUCUGGUGUAAAGCAUCUUCCUCACCUACAGGAACUUUGGCUUAACACCAAUCGUAUUGAAAAUUGGAAUACUGUAGAAAUACUCACGUCCAACAAAAGUUUGGUGACCGUUUACCUAGAGCACAAUCCUAUAGCCAAAGAUCCUGCCUAUCGGCGGAAGCUUCGUCUUCUCUUACCUUGGUUACGUCAGAUUGACGCCACUUUAUGUCGGUGAGCAUUUGGGUAGAUCGUAUGGAGUCCUCAGAUAUUGUGACUAUCACCAUUUCUCCUAGAUUUGUAAGUGACAACAUCUAGCAGAUAUUUUAGUUAUCUGCAUUCUUCCAUUGUAUCUCCAAGAAACAGACUGUAAUUUGAAAUGUGGCCAUUAAUCCUGAAUUGUUGAAUUGCUAAGAGAAGUAGUUCAUACCAGAACUUGCAUUUUGUUAUGUAUACUUCAAUUACCAUUUUUCAUCAAAAACAAACUGUUUUUGUGAAUUUGUUUUUGUAAAAACAUCUGUUACUAAAUGUCGAAUAAAUAUAAUGUAUGUUUUACUUAGUUUUUUUUUGUUUUUGUGAUCCCUCUUUGAUGAAUUGUCAUUUGAGUUCUGGAAGUGAAUUGCUUUCAGUGAUUAUUGAUCCAAAUGUGAUGUGUAACAUAAUGCAUUUGACUUAAAAAUUGAAACUUACAUUUCCAAUGUUUCUUUGUCAAACCGUUUUUUAGUAUUCAUUUUCAGGAAAAGUGCAACCUAAGUAGAGUUCUAAAUAGUUAAAUAUAAAUGGUCUUGUACUGUUAAACAUUGUGUAAAACUUUUAUUAACCCUAGCACACUAGAGUUACAUUUGGUACUUCUCAUAGCUACUUUUGUGUACAUUUAGGUUCUUAAGCUGCGGUAGGGCUGGACUACCCAUUGGACAAACUAAAUGUGUGAGAAGUACCUACUCCUAGAAGCCAGUUUGCCUUGCUUAAGUCAGUUCCAUAAAAAACUACAGAAUUAAAUAUAUUACAUAAUACAUAUAAUAUACAUAUACAUAUAUAAUAUACAUAUAUAUAUUAUAUAUACUAGUAUAUAUAAUAUAUAAAUAUAAUAUAUAUAUAAUAUAUAAAUAUAUAUAUAUAUAUAUUAGGAACCUAAGAUAUUAAUAAUGUUUUGGACAUACAGUGAAACCUGCUCAAGUAGCCACCUUAAUUAAUCAGUGACCUCCAUUAACAACCAGUUUGUCUUAAAACUGAAUGAUUUUUCUCGAAGACACUUGUAAAUAUUCCCUUUUUUCAGUGGCCAACAGGGAAGCACAUUUAGAUGAUUCAGCAGUCACUUUAAGUAAUUUUGAGCUGUGGAAUAAUAAUAAGUGGUUGAGAUUAUUGUUGAUUUAAUUUCUUCCUGCAGUGAGAUGCAGUGAGAUUAUUUUGAAGUGACACAUAGAGUGAAACUUUUCUUCCAUGAGAAUUAAUUUUUGUUUCAUGUAGCAUAUUUUAAUAAAAAUCUCUAAGUGACACAACAAUGUGCAUUCCAAUAGUUUGCUACCUUGUACUUCUCUUCUGUGGAAAUUUGUUAAGGACUCUCAAAGCAAGCCACGUGCAUGAAUCCGAUCUGAAGGUCAUUCGCUAACUCCAUCAGAUUGAUAUGUUGUAAUGUUUCUAAAGAAUGUAAAUUGCACCUUCAAGUCCUGUUCACUAGAAGAGGCAAAUGAUCCUAAAAACCUUAUUUAAAUUGUAAUUUCAAAUUUAUGGUAAAAAUGUUAAAGAGAUUCAUGCUUCAUUUCAUAGCACUUAGAACAAUUAGAUUUGAUUUAAGCUUCCAGUAAACUAAUUACAUUGAUUAAGUGAUCACCUCUGUUAAUGGCCAGUUUUGCUGAAACAUUUGGUGACUGCUUGAGAAAGAUUUCCCUGAGUUUGGAGAAAAAAUCCAGCAAAUGUGAAAAUAAUUAUAUAGAAACUUGUUUAUUGUUUGUUUAUUGAUGUAAUUAUUUACAGUGUUUAAAACUUGUGAUCAAUUUGUUUAUUAAUUAAAAUUUUAACAUUUUUUCUAAAUAUGAUUAAUGGGGGGAGGAUAAACUAUUAUCUGUUUUUACUUUUAUACCAAGACUGAAUAAGUGUCUCGGUUUGGCCCUUUUUUUAAAUGGAAGUUAAACAUUAGUUGUAAGUUGUGCAGAGUGUUAAGUUAUAUGUAUGCCAAGAAAAAAUUAAAAGCACAUUUUAAUGAAAUUCUGUAACCUGAAAGCUACAACAAAUAGUUUUACAAUUGUGAUUCGUCUAAUCACUCAUUGAAAAGUCAUAAGCACUGUAUUAAAACAACUGUGAAAGCACUGUGGGUCACUGACCUAAAUAGCAUUGUAAUGUAAAUUUGUAUUAUUAUAGGUCAAUAAAAAAAUUGUUUUCUUUUAUGUAUGAUUUUAGUACUUUCGGUUCAUGAGUAAUGUUUUCGGUAAUAAUUUGAUUCAUGAACAAUUUUCAUUUAAUUGCCUACUUUGUGUUCACCUCCAAGCCUUUUAUACGUGAAAUUCUUCAAAUACUUGAAAGACUUCAUCCUGUAAAACUUCAAACAAUUUUGCUGCAUAAUUUAAAUGUUCUGCAGGACAGAUUCUGCAUUAAUGUUUUCACAAACUUUGUAACCUUUCAAGUUUGGAUUAUUCACAAAUAUAGUUUUUUAAAAAGUUGAUUUGAAAGGAAACUGUUGUCUUUACAUUAGAAUUUAUCUCUUGAAGUUUUGAACACUUAUCUGGGGAUUGGAGUGUGAAAGUUAUUGAAUUGUCAUCUCUGUUCCAAAUUUUUCAACUCUUUUUUUCAAAUUAAUGGAAACUGUUCAUGCUAAAUAUUUUCUGUUACUUAGAUGCAGUUCAUAUAAUAUUUGCAAAGUAAUUCAACAGUCCAUCCUUGAUAUGUUGUAGACUGUACUGAAAAAAGUCUAAUUGUGGAAGGAUCCAAUGCAGUUAUUUGACUACUAUGUUCAAUGACUGUCAUUCAAACUGUACAUUUUAUCAUUCCAUACAAACAAUAGAAGCCAUUGUAUAUAAUAAACUGCUUGAUAAUUAAGGUCACAUGUAUUUGUAGAAAAGAUAUAUUUUUUCUUUGAUCGUGCUUAAUUUGCCUUUCUUCAAU